AUGGAAACCCUGCCCCACAGCCACGGACGGGCAGCUGCCUGCUCGCAGGGGUCUGCGCCAGGCUGGCAGGCGACGAGCAGCUCUCUCCUCGCAGGUCGGGUCUUCAACGGCUCCGCCAAACCCAUCGACAGCGGUCCCGUGGUGAUGGCCGAGGAUUUCCUGGACAUUAACGGCCAGCCCAUCAACCCCCACGGCCGCAUCUACCCCGAGGAGAUGAUCCAGACUGGGAUCUCGCCCAUUGACGUGAUGAACAGCAUUGCCCGGGGCCAGAAGAUCCCCAUCUUCUCCGCUGCCGGUCUCCCCCACAACGAGAUCGCGGCGCAGAUCUGCCGGCAGGCUGGGCUGGUGAAGAAGUCCAAGGAUGUGGUAGACUACCAUGAGGACAACUUCGCCAUCGUCUUUGCUGCCAUGGGGGUGAACAUGGAGACAGCUCGCUUCUUCAAGUCGGACUUCGAGGAGAACGGCUCCAUGGAGAACGUGUGCCUUUUCCUCAACCUGGCCAAUGACCCCACGAUCGAGCGGAUCAUAACCCCCCGCCUGGCCCUGACCACCGCCGAGUUCCUCGCCUACCAGUGCGAGAAGCACGUGCUGGUGAUCCUGACGGACAUGAGCUCCUACGCCGAGGCCCUGCGGGAGGUGUCAGCAGCCAGGGAGGAGGUGCCCGGCCGCCGUGGCUUCCCCGGCUACAUGUACACCGACCUGGCCACCAUCUACGAGCGGGCUGGGCGCGUGGAGGGCAGGAACGGCUCCAUCACGCAGAUUCCCAUCCUGACCAUGCCCAACGAUGACAUCACCCACCCCAUCCCGGACCUGACGGGCUUCAUCACCGAGGGGCAGAUCUACGUCGACCGGCAGCUCCACAACAGGCAGAUCUACCCCCCCAUCAACGUGCUGCCCUCCCUCUCCCGCCUGAUGAAAUCGGCCAUCGGGGAGGGCAUGACCAGGAAGGACCAUGGCGAUGUCUCCAACCAGCUGUACGCUUGCUACGCUAUCGGGAAGGACGUGCAGGCGAUGAAGGCGGUGGUGGGCGAAGAGGCGCUCUCGCCCGACGACCUGCUCUACCUGGAGUUCCUGCACAAGUUCGAGAAGCAGUUCAUCACCCAGGGUCCCUACGAGAACCGGAGCAUCUUUGAGUCCCUGGACAUCGGCUGGCAGCUCCUGCGUAUUUUCCCCAAGCAGCUGCUGAAGCGCAUCCCCGAGAGCAUCCUGGCUGAGUACUACCCACGCGAGGCCAAGGUGCCAGGCCAGGGGCCGGCCAGCACGGCCCUCUAA